AUGGAUCCCAAUUCGGGACCUCACCAUGAGACGUUGAGCCUCAGCUCUGUGUGCCAUUUCCCCGUCUUGUCCCAAUCAGAGACAUGCUGUUCCUUCAGCUACUGCAAGCCACGUUUGUUGCCCGCCCUUGAAUUGGCCCAAAGCAAGCCACGAGCAUCUGCAAUGGGACCCUUGACCACUGGACUCCCCCAAGGGUACCACCAGUGUGGAGGAAGAGGAAGAAGAGAUGGGGAGAUGGGUUCACGGGAAGAGGAGAAAAGGGCGUCAAAGUCAGGCACACUUGCCAGCCACCCGCGGGUCUCUCGCCAUGGCUGUGACUGGUAUCCUAUGGCCUUCUUCUGCAUGAAGGCAACCCGCUCUCGUAGCCCAGGCUGA